CGUGCGGCUGCGUUUCCGGGAAGAUGGCGGCUGUCGAAACGGCUGCUGAUCCGGUAACUGUGGUGGCUGCGGUUGGACCGAAGGCGAAGGACGAAGAGGAGGAGGAAGAGGAGUCACUGCCACCGUGCGAGACGGUGCGCUGGGCUCCGGUGGGGGCGGUGGCGGAGGCCGGGCCUGGAACAGCUGCGUUCUCGGAAGAGGCGUCGGCCGAGGAGUCCGGUGUGGCCCCGUCCUCCCCGCCAGACUCGCCGGGCCGGACGCUUCGGCGGCUUCGGGCAGAGCGGCGGCGGCUGGACUCGGCACUGCUUGCAUUGUCCUCGCACUUCGCGCAGGUGCAGUUCCGCCUGCGCCAGGUGGUGCGCGGGGCGCCGGCGGAGCAGCAGCGCCUCUUGCGCGAACUCGAGGACUUCGCCUUCCGUGGCUGCCCUCACGUCCUUGGUUACAGGGACAGUGAGGACCCUGCCAGCGACGAGCUGCUGGGGGACCGACCCCGGUUGUGGGGCGAGGACCCGAGUGAGCAGGAGAAACGGGAGCGUCAGGAAACCCAAAGGGAGAAGCAGAGGGAACUGAUACUGCAGCUCAAGACCCAGCUAGAUGACCUGGAAACUUUUGCCUACCAAGAGGGCAGUUAUGACUCCUUGCCGCAGUCCGUGGUCUUGGAAAGACAGCGGGUGAUCAUAGAUGAGUUAAUAAAGAAACUGGACAUGAACCUGAAUGAGGACAUUAGCUCACUGUCCACUGAAGAGCUCCGUCAGCGUGUGGAUGCCGCUGUGGCUCAGAUCGUCAACCCAGCCCGAGUGAAAGAACAGUUGGUUGAGCAAUUGAAAACUCAGAUCCGAGACCUCGAGAUGUUCAUCAGCUUCAUCCAAGAUGAAGUGGGCAGCCCCUUGCAGACAGGUGAUAGGCACUGUGAGUGCAAGACCAGUGGGAAGACAGGAAGUGGCUCCACCAGAACAGGCAGCAGCAGACUGCCUCCAGGAAAUGGCAAAGCGAAGCCAGAAGAUGUGAAGAGAGUUCGGGAAAUGGGGCUGCACCUGAUGCGACGAGCGCUGGCCGUGCUCCAGAUCUUUGCCGCUAGCCAGUUCGGUUGUGCCACAGGCCAGAUUCCGCAGACCCUGUGGCCGAGGGGCCAGGCUGACAGGGACUACUCUCCCUUACUAAAGAGACUGGAGGUAUCAGUAGACAGAGUGAAACAGCUGGCCUUGAGGCACCAGCCGCCAUACGACCAUGUUGUCACCUCUGCCAACCUCCAGGACCUUUCUCUGAGAGGCAAGGACGAGCUGACAAUGGCUGUGCGGAAGGAGCUGACAGUGGCCGUGAGAGACCUGCUGGCCCAUGGGCUGUACGCCUCCUCUCCAGGCAUGAGCCUUGUCAUGGCCCCCAUUGCUUGUUUGCUGCCAGCCUUCUCCUCGGCCCCUGAGGCCAUGCACCCCUGGGAGCUCUUUGUAAAGUACUACCAUGCUAAGAAUGGCCGUGCUUAUGUGGAAUCUCCAGCUCGGAAGCUCUCCCAGUCCUUUGCCCUGCCUGUGAUGGGGGGCACUGUUGUAACCCCCAAACAGAGCCUACUGACAGCCAUCCACAUGGUGCUGACGGACCAUGAUCCUUUUAAGCGCAGCGCAGACUCAGAGCUAAAGGCCUUGGUGUGCAUGGCACUGAAUGAGCAGCGUCUGGUGUCCUGGGUGAACCUCAUCUGCAAGUCGGGAUCGCUCAUCGAGCCCCACUACCAGCCCUGGAGCUACAUGGCACACACAGGCUUUGAGAGCGCCCUCAACCUGCUCAGUCGCCUCAGCAGCCUCAAGUUCAGCCUCCCUGUAGACCUAGCUGUGCGCCAGCUCAAGAACAUCAGAGAUGCCUUUUGAUUCGAAUGACCUGGCCCUAGACUACUGCCUCACUCAGUAGAGAUAAAUGUGUCAGUCUUCUAGGACAGGAGGAGGAGGGGUUAAAAAUGUUUCCUGAUCCUGCUUCGGUGGCCAACCAGAUGACUGCAAAAUCUCUUUUUCCCACCAACUUAGCAUCUCAGAAAGAUAUGCAGGAAACCCACUUAGUAAAAAUGUUCUGCCCAGGUGUGUGACCAUGGUGUACAUACGGGCACAUAUGUUUGAGGCUCUGUAAAAGAUGCCCGGCAUGACACAGUUACGCACCAGCUUGUCUUGUCAUGCCACGUCUGAUUUUCAGAAUACUCAGAUUGCUCUGACUGUUCUCUUUUUGGCAGUAAGUGACAACAUGAGUUGUUGGUCCUGGAAGACAUUCAACUUGAGGUUCCUGUUGGUCAAGUUGGGAGCCAUCUUCCUUUACUUGAAGCAGGUCUGAGAGCCCUAGGGCCAGAGUUAAAAUUUCUUUUUAAGAAUACUGAUUCCCCUUUUCUUCCUGACGCCAGGAUGGGCGGAACUGCCUCUAAAACUAGGAAUGAGACUGUCUGAGAACAACAUUUUUAAGGAAGUGAACCUCAAGUUGAUUUUAAUAUGAGCCCUUUUUCUUGUGAAGCUAAGAACUGAAGCCUGUCCCUGACCCGGUAGUCCUCGUCUCACAGCACAGACAGUGGUCCUUUUGUUGUCUUGGAGCAGAGUUGUUUAUAAGAAAGGAGAAUCAAUGUCUGGGAAUAGGUCCUCUGGCAAGUAGACUUUCCUCUACACGCCUUCCAAUAAGACACUGAUAAGUUUUUUUAGAAGUAAAUGAAUUAGAGAUUUGCUGCUUCAGAGACUCCUGGCGUAUGUACAGGAACACACGUUGGUAACCUGCAGCAGCUCCUCCCUGGGUGUGGUUCCCCAGGCAGCACUUGUCUUAGAGGCAGGAUGAUGGAGGAGGUCUGAUCUUGCUCCUCUCCCUCAGAUGAUGGCUAAAGUGUUUUCUUCCAGUCCAUUCCCACUACAGGUACUAGGAGAGGGAGGUUAGGUACUACAGCAGAUCACCAUUUACAGACAAGGGGGCUGAGUAUUUCAUUGUGAAACUGGCUGUAGAGUGUUCCUAUUUGGUCUUCAGUAUUUUAGCCCUUUUAGUUCACACUUGUCAGCCUGCUUGUGGUGGGUACUGCUCUAGGACUGACUAAAGAUGGGGAAAAAAACCCCGGUAACUUUCUGGAAAACUAAAUGGGCUCCAAACAUUACUGAUUCAGCAUUGUUUUCAUGUAUUGCCAGCUGCACUUUCUCUGUCGCACUAUUAUGUAGUGCAUUUUAACUUAAUCUUUUUUUCAGCAUUGUGUUACUUAUUUUAAAUGCAUUAUUGCUAUUUGGGUAGAAUUAGUCUACCAUCUGUGUGAAAGAGUUUGUUAAAUGAUGUGAAAAAUGAUACAUUUGUGGUUGCUAAUAAAAUCAUAGUAUUUUGUGUAACUUCUCUGCAAAGACCUUAGAGACUAACCCUCAGCCUUGCUUUCUAAGUCUGUCUGGGCAUUAUCAGCCCAUCUGAUCCAGAUCAGUAUUUCCUUGAGAGCUCCUUACCCUUCUGCCUCCUCCCUGCCCUGAAUCAACUCAGCUUUGGUUUUCCUUUUUUCUUAAUAUUGUUUCACUAAAAAGUACACUUGGCAUUAUCAUC